AUGGCUGAAAACUACCACAAGGAGGUCAUUGCUGGCCUUAAGGACAAGAGCCUUCUCAUUCAAGAGGCCUUCAUCGAUGGCCAAUGGGUCGCCAAGGAUAACAAAUUUGACGUCUUUGAGCCCUCUACUGCCACUGUCCUCGGACAGGUCGCCAACUGUGCCCUCGAGGACUUCCAAACCGCCAUCAAGAGCGCCGAUGUUGCCCAUACAAAGUACUUCGACAGCACAACUGGUGCCAGCCGAGGUGCCCUGUUGAGGAAAUGGUACGACCUCGUUCUCGCCAACCAGGAGGACUUGGCCAACAUUCUGUCUCUCGAGAACGGAAAGACCUACUCUGAGGCUCUGGGAGAGGUUCUGUACUCUGCCAGCUUCAUCUCAUGGUUCGCCGAAGAGGCCACUCGAUCCUACGGCGUCACGAUCCCUUCUUCCGCUCCUCACACCACCCUCAUGACCGUCCGCGAACCCGUUGGUGUCUGCGGUAUCAUCACACCCUGGAACUUCCCCGCCGCCAUGAUCACUCGAAAGAUCGCUCCCGCCCUGGCCGCUGGUUGCUCUGUUGUUAUUAAGCCUCCUUCCGAGACUCCCUACUCCGCCCUUGCUUUCACUAAGCUCGCCAUCGAAGCUGGUCUUCCUCCUGCCACCAUCCAGGUUCUUCCCACUCGUGACCGCCAAGCUGCUACUGAGCUCGCUACCAACCCUCUGGUUAAGAAGAUCUCCUUCACUGGUUCUACUGGUGUUGGCAAGUACCUCGCCAAGCUUGCUGCUGGCACCUUGAAGAAGCUGAGCUUGGAACUCGGUGGUAACGCUCCUUUCAUUGUCUUUGAGGAUGCCGACCUUGACCUUGCUGCCGAGGGUGCUAUGUUCUGCAAGUUCCGAUGCUCUGGACAAACUUGCGUCUGCGCGAACCGACUCUACGUCCAGAAGAGCGUCGCUAAAGAAUUCACCGCUAAGCUCGUCGAGAAGGUCAACGCUCUCAAAAUGGGUAGCGGUCUCGACAAGUCCACCACUCAAGGCCCUCUCGUCAACAAGGCCGCUGUCGACAAGGUCAAGGAGCACAUUGCCGACGCUACCUCGAAGGGCGCCCAAAUCGCAACCGGUGGCUCUACCCCCGACAGCCCCGGUUUCUUCCACCAGCCCACCGUCCUCACUGGCGUCACACAAGAGAUGGCUGUCGCCAAGGACGAGACUUUCGGACCUUUGGCGCCCAUCUUCGAGUUCGAUACCGAGGAGGAUGCUAUUCGUCUAGCCAAUGACACCGAGUUCGGUCUGGCCGGAUAUUUCUUCUCCAAGGAUAUCAGCCGUGUUAUGCGCGUUGCCCACAAGAUGCAAGUCGGCAUGGUCGGAGCCAACACUGGAAAGAUCAGCGCUGCCGAGGCUCCCUUCGGUGGUGUCAAAGAGAGCGGUUACGGAAAGGAGGGCAGUCUGUACGGAAUGGCUGAGUACCAAAACAUCAAGUCCAUUACCAUUGGCAACCUCAACAACUAG